GAAGAACAGCUCACUGAAAAGUGUCUAUUUUCCUUUUCACAUUAUUUUUAUUUUUAGGACAAACGGAGCAAGAGUUUUAGGACGACAGUUCAGGGAUUUUUACAUGCAUGACUAACUAUAGUUUUGACGUGGACGCUAAGAUGGCGAUAGGCGAGUUUUUCUUCACUCCUCUGGUGCUGUUGAUUGUUCCAAAAUACUGCCACGAUGAAUUCUUUAUCAACUUCAACUUCUUCCAUGGUAUGCUAAGCUCAUACGCUGACAGAUCGUCGCUUGUAUCAUGGUUUUGAAACCUUGAGAUCUUUUUUUAUUUCGGUAUAGAAUAGUCUGUAGAUCUUUUUUGUGUGUUAAUAUUUCAAGAUAUCUUGUUGAUUUUUUGUUGUUGCAGCUGCUUGCCUGAAGAUUGCAAUCAGCAAGUGCUUGGGUUAUGGAAUUGUCGUUGGAUCGGCAAUGAGUAAGUUGUUUGGAAAUUUUCACUCGAAAUUUUAGAAAUUAUAUUAUUUUCAGAAAUAAAAAUGAUUGAUCGAUCGAACGAUCGAUCGAUCGAACUUAUGUUAAAUUGGGGACUGUUGAAGCAAUGCCAUGCUGAGAAUUUCUUGUGAUAAGUAUAACAGAUCUUGCAGCCUAUGUGAAAAUGGUCCUUUUAGCGAUCGCGUGAUAUCCCCUACCCCCACAUCAAGCAGGGAACACCUCGUGGUGCAAAGAACCUAAGGGCACAGACUGGAAGUGGAAUACACACCCACCUUUAAAAAAGUCAGAUCAAGAGCAAGAGUCGAUUUUUGCUGAAAUUUUGCCAAACGAUCAAUUCAUAGAGUAUGGCACAACUUGAAGAGAUCGUGCAUGUAUAGAGCCAUUCUUGGCUACGUGAGCUAUGUGCAUUACGACUAAACCUAAUAAUGUCACAGAUGCUUAAUUGAUUUUCAACUGCUGCAUGCAAUGCUUUGAUGCAAGCUUCUGCGGGAAGCCCCCCACACUACAAAACAUAUCUAUGCAUAUAUCAGUUCUUCCCAGCAGCCUUGCCAAAUGGUGCAUGAUGGUGAAAUUUAAAAAGAUACAGGCCAAUACAUUGUGCUAAACUAAUAUGGUAUCAUCAACAAAUUUACUUUUCACAGUCAAAAUUCCCCAGAUUAUCAAGGUUAUACAAGCCUCUAGUGUGGAAGGUCUCAGUUUGACAGCUUUCGUACUUGAGUUGGUAGCUUUGACCACUUCUGGAACGUACAGCUAUGCCAAGUCUUUCCCUUUUAGGUAAGUUUUAAUCUAAUGAAUGAAGAGUAAUCCAAGUUUGUACUAGCUUAUUAGGGAGGUAUGACUAAAUGGGUAAAACAUGCACAGUAGGGCUGAAUAGGAAUUUUUGAUUUGUGGACAAACCCAGAUUGCAGUGGGUGUUCUCUGUCCAGAAAAAAAACAUUCAAAAACAUUGAUUUAUGGUGCAGCAGAACAGUACAUUGAACCAUUUACACCUAGAAUGGAUUGACAUGUAGUUUCUCCUCAGAAUUGUGAUGCAUUAUUCAGCAAUCAGGUGUGAUGAGAAAAGAUACUUUUAUCAGAUGGAGGGUGUUAUCUUGAUGGGACAACAAAUUCUCCAGACUAAUCUACAGGGAGAUCUGUGGCAGUUAGAGGGGAGAAUUGAUAAUCAGAUCUUUACUUUGAGGGAGAAUUUUUUUGUUUUCAUUUUAGUGAAUAAGGCCUCCUCUGUACUUAUGGACUACCAAAAGAGGGGAGGGGAGGGGAGGGGAAGGGACGAGAGUUGGGGAUGUGUUUUGGUAACAUUUUAAUUGACUGGCUUGAAAGGAUAGACUCAGUUACCAGCUGCUGUUUGUGGAAUUUGGAUGUGGGUCUAGUGAGAGAGAGUGAUCAAAUCAGGCCCAAAUCAAGAGGUGCAUGGAUAUAAUGCUUUAGUUGGCUUCUGAUACACCUCUAGAUUCUCCUUCCAAAUUAUUCUAAUAUCCAUACAUUAUCCAACAAACAGUUAAUGAGAAUUCAGUUCAAGGGUUAAAAUAGAUUUCUCUUAAUCCAUGGUCUCUCCUUCCUUUUCAGUGCUUGGGGUGAAAAUUUCUUCAUGUCAAUUCAGGGCUGUCUGUUGAUCUUGAUGUACUUUUACUACACCAGCCGACCUUUGGCAGGUGUUGUUUUCCCAGUGUUGUAUGGAGGAAUUGUUUAUGUUCUAGCAUCUGGCCUGACUCCAAUGUCAGUGUUAACUAAAUUUGCUUCAUUUAACAUUGGUCUUCUUGCAACAAGUAGGGUGAGUUGCAGGACAUUAUUGAUGUUUUUUUUCUUCUUCAAUAGUUUUAACUCUUUUGUUGUUCAUAGUUGAGGUAACAGUCACUUAUUUUGCCAGAGUCUGAAUCAAGAAGCUCAUGCCUUAUCCCUGGGUGGAGUCAUCAUAUCUUUACUUUCUUGCUAUUUUUCUGUUUUUUCUGUCAUCCUUAGAUGAUCUACUAACUAAAGGGUUUGUCAUUCAUCGUUAAGAUUGCAUUGUGCACCAAGAGAUGUACUAGUCUAAUGCUAGAUUCCAGUUUUAGAGGUCUGGGAUCAAGUCCUGGCCAAUUCAUUGUGUUGAGUUCUUGCACAAGAGACUUAACUCUCCCAGACCCUCUCUCUACCCAGGAGUACAAAUGGGUAUGGGCAAACUGCUGUGGACAUUUUACCAAAUGCUGGGGUUAGAAGAGAUGAAAGAGAAACUUUGAAUGGACUAGCACUCAAUUCUGGGAGGAGGAGAGUAGAAAUUUUUGUAAUUGUUUCAUGUCACUUUACUGAUAUUCAAUUAUUCUUCAGCUCAUACAGAUAGUCACUAAUUUCCGUAAUGGCCACACAGGGCAACUAUCAUUCAUCAUGGUUCUCUUGUUGACCUUGGGAGCCGUGGCGCGCAUCUUCACCACUAUACAAGAGACCGGUGACAAGGUCAUGCUAGUGACCUUUCUUGUGUCAGUUACGUUGAAUGCCACUCUCACCUUCCAAGUUCUCUACUACUGGAAUGUCAAGCCUGACCUGAAGAAGAAGGAAGCCUAAAGACUUGUCUUUUGAUGUGUAACAUAUACUCAUACAUUUUUAAUCCUGUACACCUUAACAUCAGUAUGCAUAUUCUCCAUACUGUUCUCUAUACAUUUCCUAAGGCGCUGACAAGGAGAAUUUGUUUUACAAUCAAGAGCUUCUUUAGUUUGUGAUCAUUUCCUUUAGUUUCGUCCCUUCAAACCUUAAAUUCCCAGAAGUGAUUAACAUUUAACUUCUCCCAAUAGCAUUCACAUGUUAGUCAGCAAAAAGGUAAUGAGAAUACUCAAAAUUAUCAGGUAGAAGUCAUUAUUUUGAUAUAACAGAAGAUUCUAGUAACUAAUUUACAGAGAGAUGUAUAGGAGUUGGAGGGGAGAAUUGACAAUCAGAUUUUGCGCAUUAAGGGUUAACGUCUGAGUCAGGGGUGACAUUGUAAGGGGGAGGUAGACACUAGUUACUCUCAGAGGUCAAAAGGUUAAAAUUCUGGAUGAGGUAUCUUCAAUAAAAUGACUGCCCCACUUAUCCCAGCAUUAAAAAGGUGUGGAAGAUGUGAGAUGAAAAAAUUUAUGGUAAUAAAAUGAUAGGCAUUGGGAAUUUUUUUUCUGAUAUUUGAGAAGGAAUUUGACAGCUCACAAAGCAAUGUUUUUGUGUUUCUUCCCUUUGGUCUUUCUGUGGGAAGUUGUGGUAGUCCUCAAGCAUGAGAAACCUCUCUCAGUACUUUGGAUGCAAAGAAAUUGCUUACUUUCCAUUUUCUUAGAUGAACAAUUUAACUUGUCUAUUCAUAUUAAUUUUACAUACCCCUUACUACUUGCAAAGCUUUAUUUACAACAACACCUCUUUUGUCUUCAAAGGUUAAGUUAUUUUGCUUUAAUAGUGAAAAAAAUGUGGUAGUUUAGUUACAUACAAAGUGAGUUUGCAGCGCAGACAGUGUUGAAUUUCAAAUUUGCAUUGUACACGUUGAUAUUUUUGCAUUAAUAGUCAUGUAUGAAUGGAUUCAACAGAAUGAUUUGCUCCAUUAAUAAAAGUGAUUCCCAUGAGUGAAAGUCUAGAUUGUAUUCCAUGUCUCUUUUAACCCUUUAACUCCCACAAGUGACC